CUGCCUCUUCUACAUUUAAUGGUAAAACAAGUUAUGCUAAAACAAAUCUCAAUAGAUUGGAAUUCCCAUUUGGUGAAGAACUAGCAUUACAAAUACGUACCAGACAAAAGAGGUGUAGUAUUUUAUUGAUACAGUUUUAUACUGUUGAUGGUAGCCGAUCUGGACAAAUAGAACUAGCUUUAUUUACUGGUUUAUUACAAGUUUAUUCUUCUUUUAGUUCAGGUACAGCAACUUUCCAGAAAGAUUUAUCAGAUGGUGUAUGGCAUUAUGUCUACUGGAAGAAAGAAGGUGAUGACUUGGUUAUCAAUGUUGAUGAUGAGAGACAACGACUUCUAGCUAACUUCAAACCUUACAGUCAAAAUUUGAAUACAACUGUAACAGUUCAUAUUGGUGCCAAGCCCUUUUCUCCUG